AGAAUAAACGAGCUCUUGCCAGAGUAACUUUGUAUCAACUUACUUCCUCUGUGAUCCACAGACUGCAUCAUAACGAACUCUGGUGAAUUUUAAAAUGUUUCCUGGAUGUGCUGCUUCAAUGGAUGUGCCAUCAACAUCCACUGUUUAUGCUGGAAAGGAGCCAGACCUCAGGAUUGUUCUUCUUGGGAAAACUGGAGUCGGCAAAAGUGCAUCAGGAAACACCAUAUUAGGGAGGAAAGCUUUUGAGUCUAAACUCUCUUUUUCCUCUGUGACAUCGGCCUGUAAGAAGGAAACAAAUUAUUUUGAUGGUUUAAAUCUGGCUGUUAUUGAUACUCCAGGUCUGUUUGAUACUGGUAGAAGUAAUAAAGAGGUUGUGGAGGAGAUCACUAAAUGCAUCUGCAUGGCGGCUCCUGGUCCUCAUGUCUUCCUGAUUGUUCUCCAACCGACCAGAUUUACAGCAGAAGAAAGAAAAACAGUGGAAAUAAUUAAGACAAUGUUUGGAGAAGAAGCUGCCAGAUACACCAUGAUCCUGUUUACCCAGGGAGACGAGCUGAAAAAGGCAAAUAUUAAAAUAGAAAACAUUGUAGAAACAUCCCAACCUCUAAGACACAUCAUCAGUCAGUGCUCCAUCCUGGAGAAACUUGAAGAUAAAUAUCAUGUUUUUGACAACACAGUUGAGGAUUCUGCUCAAGUUGGUGGACUGGUGCAGAAGAUCAACAGACUGGUUCAGAGAAAUGGAGGAAGAUGUUACACUAAUGAAAUGUUCAGAGAGGCAGAAAGAGCCGAGCAAGAAGAAAUUAAACGACUGCUGAGAAAAAAUCCAGACAUGAAUCCUGAACAUGCAAGAAGGCAGGCAGAGAGAGACAACGCAUUUAUCCGUUCUGUCCUGGAGGCUGCUGCUGCAGGAGGUGUUGCUGGAGCCAUGAAUCCUAGACGUUCAGUGAAAGAGGAGGGAUGUUUUAUACUGUGAUGGUGUUGUGAUGUUUUGGUCACAGUUGAUUAAACCCUGAUUUUAAUUAAUAACAAAAUCUGUUCCAGUAAUAAACAGAUAUUUGAUCAUGUAAUUAGUUGCUGUAAUGUUUGAGCAGCUGUGGUUGAGCUGAGGAAAUAAGAUUCAUCAUCUCAUAAUAAUGAGGUUGUUGGUUUGAUUCCUGUUUCCAUCAGUUUCAUCUUCAACUGUUAACCCUGAUCAACAGAACAUGAACAUAUGAAAUAAUGUACAGGAGCGUUGAGCUGACAAUAUGAGAACCAAUACAUUUAUAUUAACAAUAAAUUAUUAUAAGCUGCUAGUUUUUUAUUUUAGACCUCUGUGAUUAAUUAUUGAUUCUUUUAAUCUGGUAAUUACCUGAUUACCUGCUGGAUUAUUUAACGAUCUUAACAUUCUGUUUACUCUCCUUGUUUUACGGGUCAGAAAUGACCCGGACGACCAAAACCCUAAAAUAAAGCAAAUUAAUUGAAUUUUAAAUCCAAAAUGUAUUUUGGACGAUGAAACAAUCUGUUAUUUAUCAA